CAAAUUCCCCAAUUGUUUACUACUCCGAGAGUGCAAGGUGAGCUGAGCCAUCCGGCCAUGGCGGAAUCUGCGGUGGCCUCGGUGGUGCGAGCGUUCGGUACGCUGGCCACCGAAGAGGCCGCCUUCCUCCGCGGCGUCCACGCCGACGCCGACCUUCUCAGGGCCGAGCUCCGCCGCAUGCAGUGCUUCCUCCGCGACGCCGACGCCAGGCGCCGCGACGGCGCGCGCCUCACCAACUGGGUCGUGGACGUGCGCGCCGCGGCCUACGACGCGGAGAACGCGCUCGAGGAGGCCGACUACCUCGGGCGCCGCCGCCGCCUGCGGCUCGGGUUCGCGGGCGCCCUUGUAUGGUGCGCCGAUGUCGCCGCGCUUCACACGUUCGGCGUGAACAUCAGGCGCGUCCGGGCCAGGAUCCGUGAGAUCUCCGACGGCGCCGCAGCCUACGGGAUCGCUGAUCUUGGGGAGACCACCGCCGUCCCAGCUGACCUCCAGGAGCAAGACGAGGUGAUCCCUUAUGACCUCAGCUGGAACAGUGCAGAUACUAAUUUGAUUGUUGGAUUCCAUGAGGAGAGAAAUAAUAUAUUCAGAGAGUUAAUGAAUCAUAAGAUUUGUCAAAUUUGUGUGAUCUCCAUAGUUGGGAUGGCUGGAUCCGGCAAGUCCACGCUUGCAAGGAAAAUUUACAACGACCCCCGUGUUAAACAACAUUUUCAUUCCUCGAGUUGGAUUUCAGUGUCCGAGAAGUACAGGUUUCUUGAUCUGAUCAAGGAUAUUGCUAGGAGGAUCAUGGGUAUGACAAGGAAAAUGAUAGUUAUUAGAGAGGAGAAGGACAAGGACAGAGAGGAUGGUGGGGCAAACAGUGGUAGCAAGUCAAAGGAGGUAACCAUUGAAGAAUUGGAAAAUAUGGAGGAGGAUGAUGUAUUGAAAUUCCUGCACGAGUUCCUCGCUCAUAGAAGAUUUCUUGUAGUGUUGGAUGAUGUUUGGAAGAGUAAUUCUUACAGUAAGAUAAAUAGGAUCCUCAGUGUCUUGCCGGAUGUGAACAAUGGUAGUAGAAUCAUUUUGACCACCCGGGAUAUGGAUGUUCCAAAGCAUGUCGCCAGGAUGAAAAGCAUUCAUGAGAAGAAGCUUUUGGACGGGAGGGAGAGCUGGGAGUUGCUUGAGAAGAUGUCCUUUCCAGUGUACCAAAAUGUCAGCAGUGCUGAUCGAUCACGGUUGAUGCUGAUAGGAAAGAAAUUGGCAUUGAAAUGCAAAGGGUUGCCACUUGCUCUUGUGGUCUUGGGAGGUUAUCUUUCAAGGAACUUGGACUAUGACAUUUGGUCAGGAUUGGUUCAUAAUCUAGACUGGGAAGCUCGCAAGAAUGACGAGCCAGUCUGGAACAUCAUAGCUAGAAGUUACAAUGACCUUCCUAAUCACCAAUUGAAAUCAUGCUUUCUUUAUGUAGCCUCCUUUCCAGAGGACCAUGUCAUCCGCGUAGCAAAACUUUGCAAGCUGAUGAUAUCGGAAGGAUUUAUUCCACAUCGGCCGAAUCGGACAAUGGAAGAUACAGCAAGAGAAUAUAUAAAGGAGUUGGCACAGAGAUGUAUGCUCCAAACUGUUGAAAGGAGCAAGUGGCAUGGCUCAAUAAAGAGUGUAGUUCUCCACGAUGUGCUUCGUGAAUGGGGUAUUGCAGAGGCAAGGAGGGAGGGAUUAUUCAAUAUUUGGAGUAAUCCGACCGAUUCUGAGGCACCCUCCGAUUCGAUAACGGCUUACCGAAUUGCUCUCCAUAACUUUGUUGGAUGUACUGAGAUUAAUGUGGCCAUGCCGAUGCUCCGCACCUUGUUGGUGUUUUUCAAGUCACCAGCAGUAUCACUACUGUGCAGGAUGAAAUGUCUCAGAGUACUUGAUCUUUAUGGCCUAAAAGAACUCAAGUCAUUACCAUCUGGCGUUGGCAACUUGAUACAUCUAAGAUAUUUAGGAUUAGAAAAAUGUGGCAGUGGAACGAUUGGCAUUCCUUCCUCAGCUAGCGAUCUCUUGAACCUGCAAACUAUGGAUGCAAGAGGGUCAACAGUAAAAUCACUACCAGGACUCUUUUGGAAUAUUCCGACCUUGAGGCACCUGUUUCUUAGUGAGGUCAAUCACUGGGUUCCUCCGGAGGUUGGAUGCCUUGGCUCGUUGCAGACUUUGUACUUGUGUGAAGUAUCUUUGUUCCGUGAUGUCAAGAGCUAUCUUUCACACAAGCAACGCAGCAGGGCUAGAAGUGCAAACUAUUCUAUUGCUCUCAGAAACGAGAAAAUAUGGGCUGCCUUCUUAAGAUCUUUGGAGCAAAUGGAGCAGGCCGUGCUCUUACACUUGGAGAGUUGGGAAGUUGCGAAAGGGUUUGGUCGUAGAUAUGCUUCUGGGAGCAGAAUACGAGGGCAGGUCUUUUCUGCGCAACUCAUCAGUAGCAUUUCGCGCCAUAGGCAUCUUCAAGUGCUAGAACUGGCUGGAAGGUGGAAGCACGGGGAUAGCCAGCUAAGCAAGCUCCCUCAUGGCCUCAAAAAGCUCAAGCUGAUAGGUUCUGAACUGAGUGAAGACCCAAUGCCUGUGCUGGGCUUCCUUCCGAAUCUGGUGGUGCUUGUCUUGGAAGACAACGCUUUCAAGUGGAACAGCAUGACAUGCGAUGCGGGAGGAUUUCCUAGGCUGUGCCACCUGACAAUUGACGGCAUAAAAAGUGUUGAGUCUUGGAAUGUUGAAGCUGGGGCAUUUCCUUCACUAACUCAUCUGAAUCUUAUAUCGAGCUUCACUGGGAUGUCCCUUCCUCCUCUAGGACUGUUGCAUGUGACUUCACUUAAGACAUUGCUGCUGAAGCGGCACACUUGGAAUGGGAGCACUAUUUCCUCCAGUAAUGUUGGCAAACUAGAGGAGAUGGGGUGCAAGGUCAUCAUUAGAUGAGAUUGGAAGAAUAUUUAAUCAUGUCAAACUGCCCUUGUCUCAGGAUCAGGAAACUUUAUUGUCUCAUCUUGAUUGAUGCAGCAUUUGGAUGAUCUAAUCUUGCUAUUUUCCUCUCAUUUUUGUACUGUCACAAGAACUACUACUACCUGCACACAAGAUCUUUGGACCUUUGUUAUGAAAUGAAAAUGGAAGUACAUCAUUCUAUACUUAUUCAGUAGCUCAGCAGCACAGCCAAAUGUUGUUCUUCCAGCAAUAGACGUGGGGACUGUAAUUCCAAGUGUGCAGCAAAUAGAAGGAUGCAUAGCUGGUUCUCUGGCUUAGCUGCCCAAGGAAAAAAAAUCCAUUGCAUGCUUCUUCAGAGGCAUUUUUUGUUCGUGCAGCUGCUCUGGAGUGGAAACAUUCGUGUCCAGUGAAUGUUGUGAAUGCUGCCGUAGAAGCAAAGGUAGCUUUGCUCCGACACCCUUGUCACUGUCGUUGCUCCAACGGGGCAAUGAGAGGCCUUUGGUUGGCAGUGUCAUAUCCUGCGAGCUGGUUUGUGUCCAAUACCAAUGGGUGAUCUUCUGCAAGUUCUGUCCAUGCUUAUUUGGUUACUGUUAUUACAACAUCAAGGAUUGGGUGAGAAAGACCAAAUGUGAGGUAAUCGGGUGGGUUAUUUGCUAGACAUCUUUUGCUUCCCACUAGUAGUAUGACUGACAAUUUUGUGUUUACAUUGAGUUAGUGUUUCUGCAGCCAUUUUCCUGCAAAGAUAGCAACAUUUAAUGUACCAUCGACUCGCAUAGUUGUGAAUUGUAUGGUUGGAAGAGUUUCCUAUCCUAUUCUGUAAAUUGGUAAUGUUAACCGAGAAAUUGUUCAACGCC